AUGGCGGUCUCACCGACGAAAAAACAGGGCAAAACCACCUACUACUUUGAGGUCCGAGUGAAUUGGGAUAAGUUGAUGGCCAUCGAUCAGCAAACCGAGAGCUUCAAGGCACAAGUCUUCCUGGAAGCCACCCUGAGAUAUCCGAAGAAGGUGAAUCCCGAGGACGAGGCCGACGUGCUGACGAUCUUCCAGCGGGCCACUGUGGAGAACUCCUUGGCCAAACCGGAGGAUGAUGGACAUCCAGAGCCAAAGUUCAAGCGGGCCACCGCGGAGAACUCCUUGGCCAAAUGGGAGAUAUGGGAGGAUAAUGGACGUCCAAAGCUCGCGAUGAGAAGGCAAGACCCUGUACGAAAAGCGCCGCUGCAAUUCGUGUGGCUCAUCCAUGGGGAGUUCGGCGAAGAGUUGGAGCUGCAGAACUUUCCCUUCGACGUCCAGGAUCUCACCGUGAUGAUCCGCUUUGGGUGGCCUUGCAAAGAUGAUAGGGUACAAGUGCGCUUCAUCGACGCGGGCAAGUCUGAGGUUUUCCUCAACGUUUUCUGCCUGAAAAAUGCGUGGACUCAGCCGGAGGCUGUGGAUGUCCACUUUGGAUUCACCAAGACAAAGGGCGAGAAAUUAGAGCAGUUCCCGCUGAUUCGCAUCCGAUGUCAAGUGGGGCGAAAACCAAAGUUCUACUUGGUCAAUGUGAUCUUGCCUGUGGCUUCCAUCGUUCUCGCAAGUGCCUCGUCGCUGGCAGUCUCCCAUGAUAUGGGUGGGCGACUGGGGGCUACCUUGACAUUAUUGCUGACGGCAGUGGCCUACAAGUACCUUGUGGCAGAGAUGGUGCCGAGGAUCAGCUACAACACCAUGCUGGAUUGGUACGUCCUUGUUUGCUGGGCCUUUCUACUGGCGAUGGUCUUGGAGAAUUGUUUUGUGAAGGGCAACCAACCCAAGGUCUGCGUCAUUUUCAGUGUGCUCUUUGGUGUCUUCAACGUGGGGUUUGCAGUGCGUGCUCGCUGCAUCUACAACUCCGAGCGGCAGCGCUUGAAAAAAGUGCCUAGUCCACAGCCUCCGUCAGCGGGCUACCGAAAACCCCGUAAAAACGCACGCUCCGACUCUGAGUCCGACACGGAUGAGAACGAGAGUGACUGUGAGGAUGACUUCAACAUGGAAGACCCUCAGGGGCUGACUUUGACUGAAGAAGAUGUGAUGAAACUCUUGGAGAAGAACAACAUGUCUCCAAUGAGCAGUCGGUCGACCGCCAGUGGCUACAUCCGCAACUGA